AUGGUAUUCCGAGAUAAUCAGCCUGCUGGCAGCAGAGCCGUGGCAACUCCCCGUUUGCCGGGAUCUCCUCACUCAGGCAGGGGGGGAGAUAUUUCAUCCACACCCAGAGAUGUGGAAGCUGCAUGCUUACCUGCUGAGAAGUCCAGCUUGUUAGCCAAAGGCCUCCCCCCUGAUGUGGUGGCAACAAUCCAGAAUGCAAGAGCAUCCUCCACUAGAGGCUUAUACGCUUAUAAAUGGAGAGCUUUUGUGCAGUGGUGUGAGGACAAGCACAUUGUUCCAUUUCAGUGCUCUAUGGUGGAAGUUUUAACGUUUUUACAGGAUCUGCUGGAUAAAGGUCUUUCCUUUUCCACAAUUAAGGUCUACUUGGCUGCCAUUUCUGCCUGCCAUAUUGGUUUUAAGGGAGUCACACCAGGUGCUCAUCCUCUGGCUGUACGCUUCUUAAAGGGGGUUCGUAGACUCAGACCUGUGAUUAAACCCAGUUUUCCUUCCUGGGAUCUCACAUUGGUACUAGAAGCUCUUUGUGACCCUCCAUUUGAACCUUUGGAGUCAGUAGAUGUGAAGUUCCUUUCAUAUAAGCUUGCUCUGCUUCUUGCUCUGACAACUGCAAAGCGAGUUGGAGACCUCCAUGCUUUGUCUGUAAAUCCUACCUGCAUACACUUUUCACCUGAUGGUUCCAAGGUCACCUUGCGACCCAAUGCAGCUUAUCUUCCUAAGGUUAUACCUUCGGACUACAGCUCCAUGACUAUGGAGCUUUCGAGUUUUUGUCCACCUUCUUUUGCAUCUGAGGAACAAAGGAGGUUACACUUCCUGUGCCCUUUACGUGCACUGCGUAGUUACAUUGACCGUACUCAGUCUGUGAGGUUGUGUGAUCAACUGUUUGUGUGUAUUGCUAACCCAGCAAGGGGGAAAGCUCUGUCCAGACAAAGACUCUCCCACUGGAUUGUGGAGGCUAUUUCUCUGGCUUACAGCAACAGGGGUCUCCCAAUGCCACGUGGUGUGAGGGCUCACUCCACCAGGGGCAUAGCGACCUCCUGGGCCCUAUUUAGAGGGGUGCCCAUGAGUGACAUUUGUGCUGCAGCCAGCUGGUCUUCGCCGCACACAUUUGUAAAGUUUUAUCGUUUGGAUGUGACAACCCCUUCUGUGGCUCACUCUGUUCUUUCUGCUGGAAUUUCAAGUUCAAUGCAAAGA